AGGGCCCAGGGUGUGCCCUGCAGCUGGGGGGCGGAGUUGUAUAUUCCCAGUGCCGGGGAACAAUCUCCGGACAGGAUGUGAGAGAGGAACUGGGGUCUCCAGUCACGGGAGCCAGCUGGGGCUGCAGGCGGGAAGGGAUCGCGGCUGCUGUCUCCCUCUCAGGAUGCGGGUCCCCCGACCAGUGCCCUGGGGGCUUUGUCUCCUGCUGUUCCUCCUGCCCGGGACGCUUCGCGCAGCAGACAGCCAUCGCUCCCUCUUGUACCACUUCACCUCCGUGUCCUUUCCUGCCCCGGGGACCCCUGCCUUCUGGGUAUCAGGUUGGCUGGGUCCACAGCAGUACCUGAGCUACAAUAACCUGCGGGCCCAGGCUGAGCCGUACGGGGCUUGGGUCUGGGAAAACCAGGUGUCCUGGUAUUGGGAGAAAGAGACGACGGACCUGCGGAACAAGCAGAAGCUUUUCCUGGAAGCUCUCACGGUCUUGGAGGAAGGAGGUUCCUACACCCUGCAGGGCCUGCUGGGCUGUGAGUUGGGGCCUGACAAUGCCUCUGUGCCUGUGGCCAAGUUUGCCCUGAAUGGCGAGGAGUUCAUGAAGUUCGACCCCAAGGUGGGCACCUGGAUUGGAGACUGGCCUGAGGCCAAGAGCAUCAGUGACAAGUGGACGCAGCAGGCGGAGGUGGUCAACAAGGAGAAGACCUUCCUGCUGUACUCCUGCCCCCAGCGCCUGCUGGGCCAUCUGGAGAGAGGCCGUGGAAACCUGGAGUGGAAGGAGCCACCCUCCAUGCGCCUGAAGGCCAGACCAGGCAGCCCCGGCUUUUCUGUGCUCACCUGCAGUGCUUUCUCCUUCUACCCGCCCGAGCUGCAACUGCGUUUCCUGAGGAAUGGGCUGGCAGUUGGCUCCGGUGAGGGCAACCUUGGCCCCAACGGCGAUGGCUCCUUCUACGCUUGGUCUUCACUAACAGUCAAAAGUGGUGAUGAGCACCACUACCGCUGCCUGGUGCAGCACGUAGGGCUGUCACAGCCCCUCACUGUGGAGCUAGAAUCAUCAGCCAAGUCCUCAGUGCCAGUGGUUGCAAUCGUCCUCAGCUUCUUACUGCUCCUAGCAAUGGCUGCAGGAGGAGCUCUCCUGUGGAGGAGGAUGCGGAGUGGUUUGCCAGCGCCUUGGAUCUCUCUCCGUGGAGAUGAUAUAGGGACCCUCCUGCCCACUCCUGGUCUCUCCAAGGAUGCUGACCCUUAGGAUAUAAAAGCCUUCUCAGCAACUGCCUGAUCGUCCCCCAUCCUGGCUGCUACCAGCUAAUGUAGUCAGGUCCCUUUCAUGCUGUGAGACCUCCUGGAAUCCUGGUAUUUCUGAGCCUCCAGAAAGAGUCCUGGGCCCGAUGUCCUCCCUCUGGACUUUUCCUGUGAUAUGCCUCAAUUUCCCCUCCUGAUAUAUAUGACUCUUUUCCAUCUCCACAUGUAACAUGAGUAUGGGCCCGAAUCAUUGUGUUCUCAUCAUUUCAACUUUCUCAGCGCGGGAGGUAAGGGAAUGGGUGGGGGUAAUAAAUAAAUGGUAUAAGCCCUGGGCUUUAAAUCUC